GCGAACGUUCGCCAGUUAUGAGCAUCCAAGAGGAUAGGUGUCUGCAAUAUUGCGAGCCCUAACCUUCACGGGGCCAGCCGCCAGGUGCGCAAGGCGGCGACCUCGGACCUCCUGACCUCGCGGCAGCUCGCGCCAGGUGCUGGUCUCCGGCGGCAGGCUACACCGCAGUGGCGCAGGAUCCCGCGAGCGCUUCCCUCCUCUUCGGCGUCUUCAUCCCUGCCACUCUGCUCGUCCGCGAUUACAAGGGUCAAGCUGCUGUGAGAUGGAUAUUUUGUAUCUAUGCAAGGAUGUCUUAAAGAUUCAGAAGUUUAGGCGACUGGCGUCUUAUGCUGGAUUUUAUUCAUUCACCACCCUCGUUACCUAUGCUUACACAAGCAAUACGACAAGGGCUGGCAUUUCGAGGGCUGAUCAGUAUUAUGCCGCCUACCCUUCUGGUACUGAGCUACUGACUGAUACUGCAAAGCUUUACAAGGCUGCGUUGGGUAAUUGUUUCGAAAUAGACGACUGGGGUCCAAUAGAAUUCUCCAUCAUGGCAAAGCAUUUUGACCGGCAAGGCAAACCACCAUAUGCCUACCAUGCUCAAUACAUGUCACACCUUCUAUCCCAUGGCCAGCUCGAUGGAAGUGGUUAACUGCAGGGAUGUGUUCUGUUAGAUUCUCUUGAGGCUUCAUUGUAGUCCUUCAGUUAUUUGUAAGAAAGAGAUGGCUCGCUGAAAUCUUGAAUUGUUCUGGCCUGUUACGACGGAUGGCAUAGUCAAAAUCGGUGAUGCUGAGCUGUUGCAAUAUCAACUUAUUAAUAGUCAAAACUUUGCGGAAUUUCCCCAUGAAUAAUCAUGGUUGCACCUAGUUGAAGCAAGCAUUGGUGAUCUCUCAUCCUUUUUGUUAUUGCUGAAUGUAACUCUUUUGUGUGUCAGUGUUCAUAGCAGAAUUA